AUGAAUGUGUUUGCGGAUCCUGGUGCUUUUCUUCUGAAGCUGUAUUAUGGAGCUGGUUUGGAAGUGAUAAGAAAGGACUACAGAUAUGGUUCUCCAGCACUAUACCCACGUUGCUUUCAAUGUCUGUUUCAAACACAAUUAGCCUAGGAGAAAAAUGUAGCAUGCUACAAUUUCUACAUGCCGAGAAAUGGUGAGAGGGAAGUGCUUGUGUGCUCUACAACAACCUGUUUCAUCAUGGAGAGAAACUGUCAAGUGAGGAGCCUGGCUCAUCUCUGAGAUAGUGUGGAAAUGGCCUACAGAACAGAUGUUAAACUUUACACCUCCGGACACUUAAAUCAUAACAAGCUUUAUAAGCCUUCAAAGGAAACAAACUAGUUGACAGAAAGAAAUCAAUUCCCAGCUGAAAAGAGAGAGCAAGGAAGAUGAAAAGAUUUUUCAGGUAACUUUUGUUCCAGCAUCCCUCUACUUGCAGCACAGGCUGAAUAUUCCUGUCCUAACAACAGACAUCCACAGUCACCUGUGACCAGUGUUGGUGCCUCAGCAGAUUUUUCUACUCCACUGGAAAUGUUAAAGUUGAAAGCACGUAAAAAGAAAAUAGAGGAGGGAACUGACGGACUCCAUAUGUGUCUCAAAAGAGAUGAGUGAGGUGUGUCAGAGAUUAUGGUGCUGAAAGACAAACCACUUAAGAACAGUCGAUGGUGUGUUGGGGAGCUUGCCAAGGAGUAAUACCAGUUUGUACCUUCAUACUUGGCUGGUGUAACUAAAACUGAACAGUUUAACAAGUUCCUAUAUUUCCAGAAGGAAAUAGCAAAGCAUGAACUAUUACAGAAUGAUUUCACAGGGAACAAAGUAUCAGAGCAGCAUGAAAGCAAGCUGGCUAAGGAGCUCCAGAAAAUCUGUGGCUGUGAUCCCCUCCAUUUCAAGUGACUACAGGUUGUUGAGGAAGUAUUUGAAGAUAUAUGCAACAGCUCUCUGAUAUUUGGUGAUAUUGUGAAGGAAAUUAACAGUGAGUUUGAGCUGUACGUGAUGAUGCUUCUGGAUCUGCCUACAGCACAAUACAAGGUUCUGUAGAAUCAGGUCAAAGGGAUGGAAAUGAGCCUUAAGGCUCCAGAAAUACAGGUGCACAGGAAAGAUGUGCAGAUUCUCGUGAAGAAAUCCAGUACUGCUCCAGAAAGAAACAAAGAACUGAAGAAUUAAUUAGAAAUGGUGCUACGGAUGAGCCAAACUCCAGAAGAUAAACCAGAAACCUGCGGCAGACAUGAGACAAAGACGACAGCAUGAAAACAGCUUUCUGUUUCUGAACAGCUUGAAUCUAUGAGGUGUAAAGUUCUCGAUAAAUGGGAGGAAAUGAACAUACUAGAGACUGAGAAGAAAGAAACAAUCAUUUAUGCUGGGACGGUGGAUAUCAUAGAAAACACUCUUAAAGAAAUAGAGGCUGAAACUAGGAAAAUCAACUAAUCAGACAUGUUUCUCCAAGGCCAAAUGAAAGAAGCUGGAGGAAAUACCACAGAAAUUUUAGGUAAACUGAGAAUCACUCGGGAAGAUCAAAGGUGAGUGUGGGAGCUAAUAGAGCAAGUCUUGACAACUGAAAAUGAAGAAUGA